AUGUCCAACGAAAUCCCACUGCCAGCACAUCUUCUCCAUCUUGAAGCCAUGCUCAGUGUGGUUGAUACCAAAUACAAAUACCGAGAGCAGAUCUUUUUGCGCGAUAGAGGGCUUGUCAAAUUCAAUGAAGGUGGCAACAGCAAUCACAACGGGCGCAGAUACCACUACUGGAUCGAGGGUACUGACAAGGAAGUGAAUGUCACCUUCUAUCCGCGUUUCAAAGAGCAAGGAAGGCAGUUCGGUAUCCUCAUUGCGUCUUCACCAGACUUUGACGAAAUUAUCAUCGGCCGUUGUCCUACUAAGCCACGAAAAUACUUCAAGUUCUGGCGUGGCGUGAGUCAUGAUUUCGGGGGAGACGAAAACGACGAUGUUCUGAUCUACAAAGCGCUCGAGGAGCCCGACUUCGUCAAGGCUGCCCGCCAACAACGGACCCGAGAGCAGGAUAGUGUCACCAGGACUGCCAGUGAGUCGAGUCAACUGAUUGCGUACGCCCGGCUAAUGGAGUCAGAUGCUGUAGAAUCGGCUGCUUUUGACGAAGACGACGAAGACGCUGGACUUCGAGCAAAUGGGCCAACUUUGUUACUCAACCUUCGACGCACAUUCCCGCAGCCAGCCAAUCGACCCAGAAGCAAUGACUGGUCUGAGUCGGAUGAUGAGCCCAUUGCUCCUGGACGCCUCAGCUUGAGCACAAGAACGAAAUCUGGUUCACAGAGUGUCACUAAUCACGUAACCGACGAGGACGUUUCCGACAUGGGCGACAUCGAGUAUGCGAGCGAGACUGAGAAGGCCAGAAGUGGCGGCGACAAAGAUCAAAACGGCGACGACAGAAGCGAAGACAACGACGCGUGCAUCGUCGUUCCAACAACAACCUCCAUCGACAACAUCGACGUUGUCUUCGUGAGCACCAGCGGCACACAACUCCGCACUCGCAAAUGGAGUUCAUGCGACAAUGACCAGAAGCUGUUCAACCAGGCCGGCGCAGCGUUUUUCCUCGAAACAGGUGCCAGACCAGAUGUUCUCGUGCUCACAAUUCGCGGCCUAAUAAGUCAAAGCUUUCCUGUGGUUGCCGGCGACAUGCAAGACUUUGAUGCUCUACUGGGAGGUGUUGAGCAAGCGGUCAGCUCUCAGAGUGCGGGGCAGGUUGUCGUGGAGGUCCGAUGCCUGUAA